AUGGUAGAAAAUGAUGAAGAAGAUGAUGAUGAUGACGACGAUGAGGUUGUCUUAAGAUGGUGGGUUGCAUUGGAAUGUGUUAAUGCCAAUCCAAUAGAUAAAAGACCAUUUUUACAAAUUAAAAGUCCCUCCAUAAGAAGACUGAUAAUAUCGCAUCCACAUAAACCCUAUUAUUUACAGUGUAAAGCCUAUAUUGAUGAGUCCUCCUAUCAGAAUGAAACUGAAUAUUUUUUUACUUGGCUUUUUAACGACAAGAGUCUUAAGAAUAAGAAACCAAAUAAUUUCAAUAUUUAUCGCAAUGGAACCCUAAGGAUCUCGGGUGAUGAAAAAAUCAGUGGCGAAUAUCGUUGUAAAAUAAAUGCAAAUAAAACUGCUGUAAUAUCGGAGAGUAUAACGGUGGAAUACGCUGUACUCAAACGUCGUCCAGCCAAUGUUAGUUUAACAGCACAGUCUGGUUUGUCCUUCACAUUAAAUUGUCCUAUUUUUAGCAUUCCACCUGCCAAUGUAACGUGGUAUUAUGGAAAUGUAUCGUUAUCGAAAAAUUUCAAUGAGAACAGUUUUUUAUUUUUAAACAAUGGCAGUUUGGUUAUAAGACAAGUUAAAGCAGAAAAUGCUGGCAAAUAUAGAUGUAAUGCCCACAAUCAAUACACAGCCAAAGAGCAUCGUCAAGCUACAUUAAAUUUAAAUGUUGAGGAAACUAGUGAUGAUCAAAGACCUCCCAUUGGACAACUAAUACCUCAUUUACAAAAUACCACAUUAUAUGUUCCGCUAAAUGAUGAUUUAAAUUUAACAUGUUGUACACCAACGGAUGAUGUUCCCAUUGAAUGGUGGUUUCAUCAGUCAAGCGCUACACCAUGGAUUAAGUUAUCGAAUAAUAGUAAAGAGUAUCAUAUACGAAACAGUAUUGAACAAUAUGAGGGAUAUUAUACAUGUGCUACCGUUAAUAGUAAUCAGACCUUUCAUGUCAUUGUUACCAGACCUCCUGUUGUUGCCCAAGAAUUGCCCAUGUAUAAGGGUUAUGCGGCCGCCACAAUAGUUUACCAAUGUUUAGUGACGGGAAAUCCUCGUCCCACUAUAACAUGGUAUCAUAAUGGUGAAGUAUUUAAUAGUUCCAUAACACGUUAUAUAAAUGGCAAUCAAUUGCAUAUCGAAUCUUUUGAUCCCGAGGAGAGUGGUAUAUAUCAAUGUUUUGCUCGUAAUAUAGCCGGUGAGGUUUAUACAGCCGGUGAAAUACGUCCAGAUCGUGUUGUUGUUAAAGCAAAUCCCCUAAAGAAUAUACGUUGUUUUGCUCAUACAUUUAGUUCGGUGAAUGUAACGUUUGAAAAUGAAAGUUCAGUGUCCCUGUUCGUAGUGAAUAUCAUACAAAACAAUCCAUUUCGUUGGAGCUCACCAUUCUCACCGAUGAAACUUAACACUUCAUACGUCAUUAUAGACAAUGAUUUACCCUACAUACGACCAUUUGAGCUGAUAAUACGUGGCCUAGUGCCCACCUCCGACAUUAGUGUGGGCAGCAAUCCUACGGGUAUGUUAAGCACACUAAGAAGUCAACCGGUUACAUGUUGUACCCAGGGCUUACCUUUGCGAGUUGUACAAUUAGGCAAUAAUACUUUUGUCACCUGGUCCCUGAUUGCUUUGAAUACUAAGAAAUAUUUUAUUGUACAAUUUUCCAUCAACAAUAGUAGUCCUGAUCCGCAACGUGCAGUGUCACAGCCCUUGGUGGGCACUGUACAAAUAGUCAAUUUGAAUGCUGAGGAUAUUUAUCAUAAAUUAAGAAAUAUUGAAGCUUUAAAUGCCAGCGAAUCGCGCAGGGUUCUACAAAAUGCCGUCUCCAGUUAUAGUGAUAAUGAUGCCACCUUAUCGAAUAAUUUGGAUGGGGAGGAGAAUAUCUUUAAUUUGGUUCUACCUGGCAAUGUAACCGGUUUAAUGAUGAAUCAUUUUACACGUUUGAAAUUGCGAGUUUUACUGAUAACCAGCGAAAAUGAAAAUCUGGCUCAAGAUUUUCGUUAUGUAGAAUGGAAAUCGAUUGUUAAUGAUACUGGUGAUGUUAUAGCCAUACCUUAUCAUUUGACCACCAUAGAAUCGCGCAUGUUAAUCUUUCAUUUCCAGGAGGGUUUCAACGAAUCCUGUGUACAAGUGUGUUAUCGUCGUAUACACUUUCCGCAUAUUAUCGAGGAAAAACGAAAAUGUGAAAAACAUUCGUUAGAGCAUACCGACAUGGAAAUAACAAAUUUACAUCCCAAUACCCACUACAGUUUUCAUUUUUCCAGUUGCGAUACCAACAUAUUCUAUGGACAAAUGGAUGUUGUGACUCUACAAGAUCCUCCGGGUACUAUAAAUGUUCCAAAUGUCACUAGACAAAAUGGUUUGAAGUUGAACUGGGAACCGCCUUUGCAGCCAAAUGGUAAAAUACAUCAUUAUAAUAUUUUAUGGACUCUGGGUAAUGUAACACAUGAGGCUAAUGUCUUAGAUUGCAAAAUUUGUUAUUAUAAGUUUCCCAAUAUAUCGGAAUCGGCCAAAAUUAAUAUUUCCGUUAGAGUGGUAGGUGAGACGGGUGUUGGUGCCCCCAUUUCCAUAGAUUUACGCCACAUCAAUCAUUUGUCUUUGGAAAAAGAAGGUUCAGGUUCUAGUUCUCAGGUUUAUAGUGGCAUUGCUAUUGGUUCUUUACUCUCCAUAGUUUGUAUCUUUGGUUUUGCCAUUUUAAUUAUGAUACAAAGGAAACGCUUUAAGACUCGCCAACAAGGACCUACACACUUGUCCACACCCACCGACAUACACUUUGGCAAUCUCAGCAAUACUGGUUUGCCCGGAGGUAGUGCUGGUGGUCUUAGUUCUACUACCAUGCCACCAGAUUGUCAUGAAAUGCAAAAUCUUAUACCUAAGGUGGCGGGCCGAAGAAUUGAUCUUAUGCCCAGUGAACGUUCCAAAUACGAGACCACCCAGCUGCCCAAUGGCAAUGGAGAUGUGGCGCUUAAAGCCUUGGAUAAUCUGGAAAAUACUAAUAAUUCCUCGAUUUUAAGUGAAUACGAUAUGGGCAGUGAACAUAAUCUGUCGUCGCAGCCAUUGUGCAAGACAAGUCCCCAUAAAAAAUCCUCUAAAGUGGCCACCGUCUCGGAGUGUAGUGGCCAAACGACAACAAAACCCUUUUUUAUACCCUUCAAAACAAUACAUCCCCACAGUGUGGCCAUAGCGCAGAAACAAAGUUCCUCAACAUUUGCGGCCAGUGUGCAAACACCGCCAAAUUCCAUAGCUUUAACUUUAUCACCAGUUGAAACUAUGAAUAGCAGUUUUAGCUCACGUCGCAGCAAUAGUUUAAGUAGCAGUAGUAAUAGUAAUGGCAGUUGUAGUACAGCCAAUUCCAUUAAGUCUAAACAGUUCCAUGGUAAUUUUCCUAAACAUUCCACAUCGAUAGAUGGCAUUUGUCUAUUGGCCGAAGAGCAGACGGCCUCAACACCAACGCCCACCUCCGAAACGGAUGUAACGGCUGAGGUGCUCAAAAAUGGUUUCCAACACAAUGGAGAGCAUUUCAAUAUGAUAUCAAGUCACUGUCCCACAAAUCCAUCCACUUCGAAAACCACUUCACCCACCACACGAACUUCAAUAUUUAAAACGAAACUCCACAAUAACAAUAAUAAGAAAAAUAAAUCCAAAAAAUCUACGAAUUUACAAAAUUCCUUAAGAAAAGAAAAACACCAACAACCUCAAUCAUCUAAAUUAAAAACAACAGCGGCAACAUUAACAACAACGAAUUAUCCUCAUAACAGCGAGUUAUCGUAUAUAGUUCCUGUCACUGAUCCUUUAACAGACUCGGCAUCAGUGUCCACAACUUCAAAAUCGCUUAAAACUUGGUCACAACAACCUCUUACGACUUUUGCCACCACCUCAAGCGGUUUAGCAACGAAACAUAAAUAUCCAAAUAUGGAUCCAAAUGGUUGAAAUUUAUUGGAAAUUUUUCUUAAAUUUUCUUAACGUGCACAUUUCUCAAAUUAUUUUAUUUUCUCUUCUGAUUGCAAACAAUAGGUAACACUUUUUUUC